AUGCCUAGCAACAACACGUCUAAGAAGAUUGUCACUUAUGUGAAAUCCAAACACGCCGACACUCGGCCCAGUACCAGAAAGCAUCAUGACGACGACGACCGGUCACAGAGCGAGUACUCUUCUGUGGCACCGGCCUCAAACUACCGCAGUGAGGCGUACAAAUCGCCCAAAGAGCCCCGGCGACAGGAGGACGAGGAAAGGUUAGGCUCAUUGCCAAUUGACACUCGAUCCCAGCGCAGAGAGAACCUGUUUCGUCACGAAUCAGAAUCCUUUCGAUCGACAGAAAUGCCACCGCUCGUUCGCCUCGCAACUCUUCCUUACAUGCCUGUAUACGAGCAUUGUGCGGUGCUACGCAACCACGGCAUUUCGGUAAAGCUUGGGCCGGAUCUAUUUAGAUCAAUAGCUCAACAAGGCAUCAUUCAAGCUCCGCCAGUGAACCACAGUCAUCAUUGCAGCGCUCACAAUGCUCCGCUUGAUGUGCACAACCCAUCCGCCCAGGAGAAGCAAGCCGUCACCGAAGCCAUCGUUUUUAUUGUCAGGGAUUGUGGAGGAGAAGUUGAGAUGCCCGGCUUCGAUCCUCAGCCUGCCCAGCGAUGCAGCAGUUGCUCCAGCCCUGUCUCUACCCCGACAAACAGCUCUGGACCUGUGCGAAGGGAUAUGGAUGAGCACAGAAACGGACACCGCAACUCGUUUCAGAACAGUCAUGGAUCCCAUCCCGGGGCUUACGACACAAACACUCAAGGCAACAUCCCCAUCGGCCUCGCUAGUCCCUACGAAGCUGCGAGGUCUGAGGCUCAUUGGGAUAGUCACGGGCGAUGA